AAAAAUCUAAAAUUUAACUUUUAGAACAAGAUUUAUGAGUAAUAUCUUGCAGAUAAUUGAAACAAAAUUGGAAAUAACGUUACCAGAAGAUCUCAGUUCAUCACUAAUGGAUGGAGUAUUGUUAUGUCGUUUAGCAAAUUACGUAUCUCCAAAUUCAGUGGCUAGUGUCCAUGUGCCUUCUGUAUCUGUGCCUAAGCUAACAAUGGCAAAAUGCAGAAAAAAUGUUGAAAGUUUUUUAGAAGCAUGCCAAUCUUCAGGUGUUCCUCAAGAAAAACUCUUUAAACUUGAAGAUGUAAAUAAGUUGGAUUUGGCACAGGUAUCUCUUACAGUUCAAGCCUUAUUGCUUCAUUCUACUAGAAAAUUGUCUUCAGUCUCACCUUCUGCAUCUGACAAAAUACUCUCUUAUUUCCUUUUAGUUAUAUUUAUUGGAACAUGUUGUUUACUUUAUUUUUUUCAUUCAUAAAAUAAUAACAACUACAAUAUCAAUAAUAAAAGCUUAAAGCAGUUCUUCUUUUUCUGAAACAAGGUUAGAGUGCCAAAGAUAAAUUGGUAAAUUACUCAGGUAUAGCUUGAUAUAUUUUUAGAAUUCAAAAAAUAAACUAUAAUUAUAAUGUUCACAAAUGCAAAAAGCUGCUAAUCUCAUACUUUUAAAAUAUUUUAUACCUCAAAAAAAUAUUGCUUUUGUAUAUUAUAUUUCUAGUACUUAAUUUGUUACCUAUAGCAUUAUAAUUGCUAAAAUUGAAUUAGCCUAUAUUUUUCUUUUAUAUAUUAAAUAUAGUUAUUAUUAAAUAAUAUCAAAAUAAGUAUUUGCCAAAGAUAGAUUUCUCUACUAUAUCUAGUCAGAAAUUAACAUUAAAAUAAUGUAAUUGAGAUAAAAUAAGCAAUAUAUAUGCAAUCAAUAGAUGAAUAAAUACCAAAUGAUUAAAAAUAUAUGAAAUAAAUGUGUAAUUAGCCAUAUAAUGAAAAUACAUUUAUAACUAUAGAUUUUAAAAUUUAUUUGUUAAAUGAUAAAUUAAAAAGCAUGACUGUCAAAGAUUACAGCAUAUCUUUUGAAUGAUUUUAAUUCAUUAAAAUGCAAAUUAAAUAUAUACAAGAUUUUUCAUUUAAUUAAUAUAAUUCAGAAACACGAUGUCUUAUUUAUACAUUUAUAAUUUUGAAUAUUUUGGGACCAUCCAUUUAAACAUUAAAUCAUCCAUAUAAAUUAUCUCAUUUUUUUAAAUAAAAGAUGUGAAUGUCUGUUAAUUCACAGUAUUAAUUUUUCCAUAAAAAUCAGUAUUAACAUGAAUUUACUGAAAAUAUGGAUGAUAUGCCAAUAAUUGUAUAGUUUAUGUUACUGUAAACUUUAAGUAUUGACAAUCCAUAGUUAUUUUAUAUAUAAUUUAUGUAAAGUUAAAUUAGAUUGUUUUUAGUAGUUAUGAUGUUAUCUAUAAUUUUACUUGUUUACAUAUUUUUUAAUGUAUUGUAAUUUUUUUAUAUCCAAAAAUGCCAAGAAAUGUUUUUUAAGUUAUAUUGUUUAAUUUGUUGAAUUUAUUUAUUAAA